UCAACAAUAACCGUAACACGCCUCGUCUACUGAAAGCGUCGUAAAGUUACAUUGUGUAAAUUUUGAGUGAUACUACAAAACAGGAUUUGCUGGAGCUGUUGUGGUACCACUUGACCCGUUUAUCUAAAGGUUGAAGAUGCGUUUUAUGAACGAGUCCAGUCGUCUGUUGUUACAUGAAGAAUACACCUUCCUACCUCCCUCAGCUCAAAAUCUCCCUUAAAACAUUCCUUACCCUAGAUCCACGUAAACAAAAUAAAACUUAACAUUCCACAGAACUCAGUAACGAAUUGACGAAUAAACUUAAAUAAAACGAUAACGAAUUAGGUCGGUGGUAGUGAUAUAAGUGAACGCGCGUAAACCUCUUCGGAGGGCGCGAGGGGCCGGCGCGAUGCGGUCUCGCCAGGGAUGUACGUAAUAUAUCCCGCAGAAGAAGUAGUUUCCCUGACGUACAGCUCGUACUCGCUGCCCCGCACCCGGCAGCGGCCGACGCUCGACGUACUGUUCGAGCCUCCGCCCCAGCCGUCUCCACCGCGCCCCCGCACCCUGACCCCCGCCCAGCCCCGCGCCGUCUCCUUCCCCAAAACGGCGCCCCCGGAGUACGCGGAGCGCGCGCCGGCCUCGCCGACGCCGUCGCUCGAACGGCCGGCCAAACUGCGCGAGCGCACCAAAGCGAAGCUGCUCAAGAAACUCGGGCGCCACGAUGACAGCGAAUUCGGCAAAAUCGUUAGGACCCCCGCGCCGGAUGAGUUCGAACUGCCCGCCCCCCUGCCGACUCCGGCCUUCUCGCGGAAGAACAUUUUCGACAGAAACUUUGACGCACUGUUCGAGGUAGCGAACACGCCUCAAUUUACCGCGAACAUUCGUGUCACGACUCCCGAACCGGACAGGCACUCGGAUGCGUCGGGCACCCAAUUUCCCUCACCUUCGACAUCAUCCCUUAGCUUACUCCCGCCGCGCCCUUACUCCGAACCUGUGGUCUCCAAUCCCUCCCCCGCACCGUCCGCUCGAACUUCCACACCCUCGACGCCAACACAUCGAUCAUCACUUGAAGGAUCUAAUUCCAAGCCGAAGAAGAGGAGUUUCUUUAGAAAAUUCAAUUCAUCAAAAGAAGUGACGCCGCCAAAGUCUGUCAAUAUGCAGCAGCCACCGGUGGAGAUGGUGCUGCGCGAGCUGACGCAUCCCGCGCACAACGACCAGCUGAAGAACCAACAGCAAGUCACCUUUAAACUGGUCAAAACAGUGUCUGACUUUACAACGCAGCUAUCGCAACUGUAUGAACGGCACUCGACUGAAAUGCAAGCACUCGUCGCGAACUUUCGCAAGAGGAACAGCGAACUGAGGAAAGAGAGAGCGUCGUGUCCUUCGUCGCUGUUCCAUACGUGGGAGACGUUGCUACAAGAGGUAGAGGCAGACGUAGUGGGCUGUACCAAUGCUGCGACAUCUCUCGAGCGCAUGGUUGCAACACCACUGAUCGAAAGGACCUUCCACAUGAAAGUGCAAGCCAGGAAACUGUUCGCGCACCGCGAGGGCUGCGAGGUUAUACUCGGGAAAGCUGACGAUCAACUUACAAAGAGUCGUCAAGAAUACCGCGCGGCGUUCCUCAACUACUGCAACAAUCAGAAUACGGCCGCGCUUGCUGCGUACUACGAUUCGCACAACAACUACGUACAACAGUUGACGGCAACUAACGCCAUGAUAGAUCAGUACCACAAGCACACCCUGCCUACAAUAUUACAGGAACUUGAAGAGAUACUGACCGACGUGACGGCAGCUGUUAGCGAAGCUAUUUAUCAGGGCGGAGAAAUUAUCACGGAUAAGUGCACAAACCAGUUGCGUCGCUACGAGUCGCUGUGCGCGCAGUCCCGCGCUGUGUCUAGCACCGCGGAUCUAGCGCACUUGGCACGGGCCCUGCUCACCGCUCAGCCGCCAGCUCGCGCUCCGCUCCGCGCCUUCCUGCCGCCCUACCCGCCAGAGCCCGACGAUCCCCCAAUCGACGUGCCCGCGGAGACAAUGCCGCCGGUACUUCGGGGCGAAAUGUUGCUCGACCGCAUGGAUAUCAGAGAGGCGCGACUUAACUACGAGCAGUUGAGGAAAGACGCGCAGGAUUUAGAAAUGCAGAUUAAACAGUUGCAGGACGGGCUGGAUUCCCUCGCGCGCAUACAAAGCCGUAACCUGGAGAGUAAUCUCUACAGCAAAGUCAACGAGAUACAGGAGGAUAUUUCGCUGAAGAAGUACGACUACAGAGCAACUCAGCUGCAUUUGGCAGCGGUCAGAGCUCAGAGGGAGCUCUUCGCUGCGAAAGCUGAUAGUAGCUCUGCGGUGGACCGCAAGCUGUCUACGUCAUCAGCGGGCAGCAUGAAGAACAAAUGGCUGAAAGCUUUCCGCAGCUUGAAGCCGCCCAGCGCCCCGCCGCCCCAUCCCGGCCCGCAGGACAAGAGGAAUGGAGCUGCCCGUGACGCGAUGCGUUCCGGCGCCGAGUCAGAAGCACACAACUUCCAAGAGUAUACAUACAAGAAGAUCACACCAUGCGACGUUUGCUCACAAGUUUUACGAGGCCAUACUCGUCAAGGUCUACGUUGCCGCAUAUGCAAGAUGAACGUGCACACUGACUGCAUGCCUCAGGUCGGCAAGUGCCAGACAAAGUCCAGACUCCUGCGCAGGCAGAAGAGCACCUCAGAGAUAGAGUCGCAUAGAGUACAAGAUACAGCAUUCGAUGAAGAAAGUUCGAUGAGGAAUUCGAAGAGUGCCCAAAUGUUGAGGCAGACGGACCGCACCAGUCCCUUACCCGCUCCUCACUCACCGAGACGUCAAAAGUUGAACCUUAGGAUGAAGAGUCUGUCACUGGAUUCACCAGAAUGCGGCGAGCUCAGGCGGCGGCCGGCGCGAGACCAGCCCGCGCAGGGCAGCCGAGUGCUCUGUAACGGAAGAGCGAAUCUUUACAGAUACGGUUCAAAUAGAAUAAAUUAUCGCACCAUUUAUAACUAUUCGCAAUCAUCACCGUCAUCUCCGGUGCACAGCCGGCGGCUGCUGAGCGCGCGCGGCGGCCGUAUGAGCAGCGUCGAUCUGCCCGACGAACCCGACAAGAGCCUCUCCUCGAACAGUACCAGCCCCUGCCCCUCGCCAGUCAAGCAACCUAGUAAGCAUCAGCGACUCUUACCAACGAACUUGUACGUUAUACUAUAUAACUUCAAGUCGCGACACGCCGACGAACUGGAUCUAAAGGCGGGUUACAAAGUGACAGUCAUUGACACGUCGGACCCUGACUGGUGGAAGGGCAAGUGCUUGGGAAAGAUUGGAUACUUCCCAUCUAAAUACUGCACUAAGCUUCAAGCUGGAGAGAGGCCCUUGCAAGUCACUCAUAAUCUUCAAGUGUCCGAUGGUGAUAAUGGAUUGAUGUUGCUGCGCGAUCAGAUCGUAAUUCAAGUGGGAGAUGAAGUGGACGGCAUGGUUAUGAUCAGAUCCGGCGACAACCGCCAGGGCGUAUGUCCUAUCAAGUUCCUACAGGAAGUGUGACGCUUUAAGUUGCCUCAUUUUAACUUUACCAAACGACGCGGAUCAUUCACAGAACAAAUCAACUCGAAUUACGAACCUAAGCCAACCCGUAGCGCACCAGUAACUCCUUGUGACAGCGAAUCUUCGUCUUGGUCGAGGGACACCUACGACAAUUGCAGGUCUAAUAAGGUAUACGACGAAUUGGAAGGCAUGUGGUGGUGGCAAAGGCCAUUAGACGUCAGACGAAGUCAAUGCCGCAGAUGCGGUGCCUCGUCUUCUACAAGGCCUUUGAGAAUGUUGCCCUGCGCAGGAGUCGCCCCAGAAGACUACGACUACAAUGACCGUCGCCCGCUCAUGUCACGUGAUCGACCAUUGCUUUUCGUAAAACAACUCUUUCUAUAGUAAACUGUUCACAAUCACUUAUAAUAACUUACGUAUGGUGUUUUCCAAGGAACUAAAUUUGGAUCCACCCAAACCGAUACAUUCUAAUUUAAUUCGGUUUUAGACUUUAAAAUACACAAUUAUUGUCUAUCAUACUUAUCAACUAAUUAUUUAUCCAUACCCACAGUACAUAUAUUUAUACUUUUAGAUUCUUUUUUCGUCACACAAUUUUAUAC